AUGGGAUUGCCCUCGUCUUAUUAUAUAGAGUAUCCCUCAGAUACAGUAAUACCCACAAAUGACUUCACGUGCGACGACUAUAAUGACAGUUUGGACCACCUGCUGCUUCCCGGGUUUUACGAUCCAGCAACAGACCUUCAAAUAACGUACCCACGCUCAAGAAGUGUGAGACUGUUUCAAUCUUCAAAGCGUAAAAGGUCCGUGACGAACAAGUAUAAGUUCACAACGUACGGUUGCAGUAAUUGUAGGACACAUCUCUCCACGUCGUGGGAAAUCAUGUCAAAGGACUACAGGGGGAAGACCGGAGACGCGUACUUGAUGGACAAUGUGAUAAACGUUGUGGAGGCAAACGUGGAAACAAGGUCGAUGAUCACCGGAGCAUACCUGGUGUGCGAUAUAUGCUGUCACUGGUGUAAGAACGUGGUCGGUUGGAAGUACCUGCAGAGCACGAACAUUGACCAACGGUAUAAGGAGGGCAAAUACAUACUGGAACUGAAGACAAUAUGUGUCUGUGACUGA